CACAUACAUCUUGUGCCUCGGAUUGAGCUUCAGUGGCAUUCGCAGCUACCAUCCUACUGAUUCUCACAGAGCCGCAACUGAACGGCAAAGUUUACGCCCAACAUGGGUUCAGUUUCGAAGAAGCGCAAGAUCGAUGCCACGGCUGCGAAGCAGUAUGAAACGAUCUACUGUAGUCCCAUGAGUAUGCGACUGACAUGACCUUCAGAGACUACACUACUUCUUUCGCCUUCUUUGAGGCUAUCUGGGAGGCUGGCAUCACCCACGUCUUUGUCAAUCUGGGCUCCGACCACCCUUCCAUAAUCGAAGCCAUUGUCAAGGGCCAAAAUGAAAAGCAAGGAAACUUCCCCAGAAUCAUCACCUGCCCGAACGAGAUGGUGGCCCUCUCAAUGGCCGAUGGCGUGGCCAGGUUGACCAACAAGCCCCAAUGCGUAAUCGUCCAUGUCGACGUUGGCACCCAAGGUCUAGCCGCUGCUGUCCACAACGCCUCCUGCGGCCGAGCCCCCGUCCUCAUUUUCGCCGGUCUAUCCCCGUACACGAUUGAAGGCGAAUACCGUGGCUCAAGAACAGAAUACAUACACUGGAUUCAAGAUGUGCCGGACCAGAAACAGAUUGUCGCGCAAUAUUGCAGAUAUACGGGUGAGAUCAAGGGUGGACGGAACGUCAAGCAGAUGGUCAAUCGUGCCUUGCAAUUCGCGACCAGCGAUCCCCAAGGACCGGUCUACCUGUGCGGCGCUCGUGAGCCAAUGGAAGAGGACAUCCAGCCAUAUCAGCUCGAGCAGGAAGUAUGGCAGGCAAUCUCACCCGCCGCCCUACCCCAGGACGGGGUGAAAUUGAUCGCAGAAGAACUUGUCAAGGCAAAGGAACCUCUAUUGAUUGUGGGGUAUACUGGUCGCAAGGUCGAGUCCGUUACCGCAACGGUAGCACUUGCAGAUAAGAUCCCAGGUCUGCGAGUGUUGGACACUGGAGGUAGUGACAUGUGUUUCCCAACGAAUCAUCCAGCAGCCCUGGGUUUGAGAUAUGGUUCUGAACCUGCAAUCACGACCGCCGACUUCAUUCUCGUGGUGGAUUGCGACGUACCUUGGAUUCCCACGCAAUGCAAACCCAAAGCCGACGCAAGAAUCAUCCACAUUGACGUCGACCCACUCAAGCAGCAGAUGCCGGUCUUCUAUAUUCCGGCAUUUGCCCGGUUCAAAGCAGAUUCAGCGACCUCUUUCACACAGAUCAGCGAGUACCUUGCGUCUAAUGAAACGCUGACUACAGUCCUUUCUGAAACGGCACAUACAGUCGGUGUGAAGAGACAAGAAGCACAUACUGCCCGCUGGAGUCAAUUCAAAGAGCUUGCCAAAAUUCCCUCCGAUCCUGCAAACUCUUCGAUCGACCCACACAUCCUGGGCGGACAGCUCCGCGCGAGCGUUCCAGAGGAUACCAUCUUCGCUGUCGAGGCUGUAACCCUCACGGGUUUCAUUGCCGACCAGAUCGCGCCAGUCCUGCCAAAAUCGUGGAUCAACUGUGGCGGGGGCGGUCUAGGGUGGUCCGGCGGUGGUGCAUUGGGGGUCAAAUUGGCGUCAGACUUUGAGCACCGUGAUGUAGAUGCGGGGGAUCUUACAGGAGCGAAAAAGGGGAAGUUUGUAUGCCAAAUCGUGGGCGAUGGGACGUUCAUGUUCAGCGUGCCGAGUUCGGUGUAUUGGAUUGCACAGCGCUAUGAGAUACCGAUUCUGACCAUUGUGCUAAACAACAAGGGGUGGAAUGCGCCGAGGCGGUCGAUGUUGUUGGUCCAUCCGCAUGGGGAGGGGAGUAAGGUGGAUAACAAGGCUCUGCAUAUCAGUUUCGAGCCGACGCCGGACUAUGCGGGGAUUGCGAAGGCGGCGAGUGGGGGGCAUGCUUGGGCUGGGACGGUGAGUACGGUGCAGGAGUUGCUGGAUACUUUGCCGCAAGCGGUGGCUGCUGUGAGGGAUGAAGGGAGGAGUGCUAUUCUGGAGGUCAAGAUUGGGGUUGAGAGUGCUGGGAAGCAGAAUGGUGAGAUCAAGGGCAAAGAGGUGGGCGCUACGAGUGGGUAGAAACGCAUAGGUCAGUGUC